UCUCUCCUCCCCUUGUUGUGACAGAGCACACCUGCCUGAUCUUGGCUGCACGCGCUCCGAGUCCAAUUACCCCAUAGGCCCUCGCAGCCACUUCACAGUCUCAUCCCCCACUUGACUGGAUUUUUGGGAGUCAAGCUCGUCUCGCUCUCUUUGCCUCACUUUUACUGAGAACAGGCUCCCUGCUAGCAGCGCCAUGAGGUCGGCCUGUCUCUCUCUGCUCCUCGUCACCGCCUGCUGGGCUCUGCCCUUCCGCCAGGCUGGCUUCCUAGACUUCAUGAUGGAGGAUGAGGCGGGAUCAGGUGAUACAAGUCCCGUUCUGAGCUUCCCUGCCCCGCGUGAGGGACCCAAGUGCCCCUUCAGAUGCCAGUGCCACCUUCGUGUGAUCCAGUGCUCUGACCUCGGUCUGAAGUCCGUUCCCGGGGACAUUCCCGACGACACCACCCUGCUGGACCUGCAGAACAACAAGAUCACCGAGAUCAAGGAGAACGACUUCAAGAACCUCAAAGGGCUGCACGCUCUGAUUCUGGUGAACAACAAAAUCACAGUGAUCCACGCCAAGGCCCUGAGUCCUCUGACCAAGCUGCAGCGUCUCUACCUGUCCAAGAACAUGCUGAAGGACGUCCCUGCCAACAUGCCCAAGAGCCUGCAGGAGCUCCGCAUCCACGAGAACGCCAUCACCAAGAUCAAGAAGUCCUCCUUCCAGGGCAUGUCCCACAUGGUCGUCAUGGAGCUCGGCUCCAACCCUCUGAAGAGCGCUGGAAUUGAGGCCAGUGCUUUUUCUGACCUGAAAAGAGUCUCUUACAUUCGCAUCGCAGACACGAGCAUCACAGAAAUCCCCAAAGGUCUUCCCAGCUCUCUCUCCGAGCUCCACCUGGACGGAAACAAAAUCAGCAAGGUGUCAGCCGACAGCUUCAAGGGCCUGAAGCACCUGGCUAAACUGGGCCUGAGCUACAACGAGAUCAGCUCUGUGGAGAACGGCACCCUGGUGAACGUGCCCCACCUGCGCGAGCUGCACCUCGACAACAACGUCCUGACCAGCGUCCCCCCCGGCCUGCCCGACCACAAGUACAUCCAGGUGGUCUACCUCCACGUCAACAAGAUUGCCGCUGUGGGAACGGAGGACUUCUGCCCCCCCGGCUUCAACACCAAGAAGGCCAUGUACUCCGGCAUCAGCCUCUUCAGCAACCCCGUCCCUUACUGGGAAGUCCAGCCCAUCACCUUCCGCUGCGUCUUCGACCGCUCCGCCAUCCAGCUCGGCAACUACAGGAAGAAGUAGAGCGUCCCCCGAGCGCCUCCGCGAGGAAGUGUGUGUUUGUAAAUGAGUGUGUGAAAGUUUUGUAAGCGUGCGUGUUUGACCGCAGCCCCACAACACUGACCCCUUACCGACACUGCCUCCCCCCCGCAAAACGAUGAUGUCAAUAACCCCACGCACUCGUUUCCAAACCUUGUAGUGGACAUGGACCUCAAACACAACAUAUCAUUCUUAUUAUUUGCAACAGUAGUACGAACACGGCUUUCAGCUAAAACCAGCAUACGACGGUGCCGCUCUCACUCACAGCACGUUCACAGCACAACCAGUUUAGCAAACAUCCGCAAAGUAAGCUCCCACGUUCAUGCCGCGACAUAUUUAUGUGCAUAAUAUGUUGAACAUCAGAGAUGAAGCCAAACCAAAAAGAUUUUCGAAAAUCUCUCUCUCAGUGGAAUAUAACCUGUAACUGUUGUAUGUCCCAGUUUCUGCCUAUUCUCCAUAACGACUUAUGAGCGCGCUGACCUGUAGAGCAGGCAGCGGGGGGGUCAACUUGUGUAUUUACCUUUUAACAGCUGGUAUACUAGAAUGUCCUAGAUAUUACCUGUGUAGUAGGAACCGCAUCCGGAGUGUACCAUCAGCACGCUGCACUCGGGGAGAGAAACAACCCAACGUUUCUAUUUGUAUUGUGUAUCUCAGUUCAAGUAGAGAUAAAAGCAACCGUGACUUCUA